CCAUACUCCGCCACUCCAACCAUUAAUCCCGGCGUUUCCUAAGAAGAAGUCGGAAGCACGCACCACGCAUGGCCCCGCUCACCAGCUCCCGCGUCCACCUCCUCCUACUCUGGCUCUGCGCGGCCGCCAGCACGGCCUGGGCCCAUGGCGGCGGGGGCGACGACGACGGCGACGCGGACGCGGACGGAGCCGGCGGCGGCGAGAAGCCGAACCUGCGGGCGCGGGGGCUGGUGGCGGCGAAGCUCUGGUGCCUGGCCGUGGUGUUCGUCGGCACGCUGGCCGGCGGCGUGUCCCCCUACUUCAUGCGCUGGAACGAGGCCUUCCUCGCGCUGGGCACGCAGUUCGCCGGGGGCGUCUUCCUCGGCACCGCCAUGAUGCACUUCCUCAGCGACGCCAACGAGACCUUCCAAGACCUCGUCCCGGACAAGGCCUACCCGUUCGCCUUCAUGCUCGCCUGCGCCGGGUACGUCCUCACCAUGCUCGCCGAGUGCGCCAUCUCCUUCGUCGUCGCGCGCGGCAGGACCGCGCCGGCGGCCGCCCCGACCCCAACCGCAGGGGCGCUGGAAGAAGGCAAGCUGAUGGGCACGAAUGGCAACAGCUCUCAACCACAAACAGCUGUAACUGACGCACACGGCGAUCACUCCGCCGCAUCCAUGCUGCGCAACGCCAGCACCCUCGGCGACAGCAUACUCCUCAUCGCUGCGCUCUGCUUUCACUCCGUCUUCGAAGGCAUCGCCAUCGGAGUCGCUGAGACGAAGGCCGACGCGUGGAAGGCGUUGUGGACCAUCAGCCUGCACAAGAUCUUCGCGGCCAUCGCCAUGGGCAUUGCGCUGCUGCGGAUGCUCCCCAACCGCCCCCUCCUCUCCUGCUUCGCCUACGCAUUUGCCUUCGCCAUCUCCAGCCCCAUUGGCGUCGGCAUCGGCAUCAUCAUCGACGCAACCACGCAGGGUAAGGUGGCAGAUUGGAUCUUCGCCAUCUCCAUGGGGUUCGCCACGGGCAUCUUCAUAUACGUCUCAAUCAACCACCUCCUCUCCAAGGGGUACAAGCCCCAGAGGCCCGUGGCAGCUGACACGCCCAUCGGCCGGUGGCUCGCCGUUGUGCUUGGCGUGGGUGUUAUCGCCGUUGUCAUGAUAUGGGACACCUGAUUGUCAGAAUUACUACAUGGGAUCUGUCUGUCAGUUUUGGACGUUGGUUCUUAUUAGUACCAGGAUGUCGUAAUGUAGAAUUCUAAACUAUUGCUCCAUACAUGUUCUGAUAUAUGCUCCGGGGAAGAUGUGGCAAAAUGGUUCAGGUAUACUGAAGAUUUGAAUAGCAAA